CCGAGUGGGGUAUCCGUAUCGCCGGCCCUUCCUCUUUCCUACCGGGGAGCCAUCAUGACAGAAGAGGAGAAGGGCGAGCUGGGCAGGGCUCUCUCGUACACCGAGCCCGGUCCGGCCCUUGACAUCGGAUGCAGACCCAUGGCCGAAGUGUGGGUGCUGGUGAUCAACACCGGGGGGACCAUCGGGAUGGUGCCCCAGUCAGAGGGUCUUGUCCCUGAAGCUAACAAGCUUGCAGAAGCUCUGAAGAAGAUGACCAUACUCCAUGAUGCAACAUAUGCCAAGGAAACCCAACUAUAUAACCGCCUUGGAGUUGACACUUUGGUACUUCCAUCUUCCAACCAGGAUAAAAGAAUUAUCUACACCAUCCUGGAACUUUCUCCUCUACUAGAUUCUUCAAAUAUGACACCAUCUGAAUGGGACAAAAUUGCCAGGUGCCUUGAGGCAAACUAUGAGAAGUAUGACGGAUUUGUGAUACUCCAUGGCACAGACACAAUGGCUUAUACAUCUUCAGCAUUGUCCUUCAUGUGUGAGAACCUGGGCAAAACCGUAAUCUUGACAGGAUCUCAGAUACCAAUAUAUGAACUGAGGAAUGAUGGCAGAGCCAACCUGUUGGGGGCGCUGUUGAUUGCGGGACAGUUUGUAAUUCCUGAGGUGUGCCUGUACUUUGAUAAUAAACUGUACAGGGGAAACCGGGUGACUAAGAUGGAUGCAGGGAGUUUCAGUGCCUUUUCCUCACCUAACCUGCCUCCGCUUGCAAAUGCUGAGGUUGAUAUUAUAAUUAAUUGGGAGACCAUAUGGAGAGCUAAUACUAUGAAGAAAUUUGAGAUCCAUAUGAACAUGAAUAGCAACGUUGGACUACUGAGAGUCUUCCCUGGAAUUACUGCUAGAGCGGUAAGGGCAUUUCUUCAGAGCUCUAUGGAAGGCAUUGUACUUGAGACAUAUGGGAGUGGAAAUGCUCCAAAUAAUUGUCCAGAAUUACUAGAUUUGCUGAGGAAAGCUACUGAUUCCAAUGUUGUGAUUUUGAAUUGCACCCAAUGUCUGCGAGGAUCUGUGUCAUCAGUCUAUGCCACAGGAAAGACUCUCAUGGAUGUUGGUAUAAUUCCAGGAGGAGAUAUGACGCCAGAAGCUGCUCUUGCUAAGUUAUCCUAUGUCCUCAGCAAACCUGGGCUUACUUUUGAUAAAAAGAAAAAGAUGCUGAGCAAGAAUCUGAGAGGAGAAAUGACUGUUGUGCCCAUUGGAACCCAGAUAACUCUCAAAGAUUGCAAGUUUAUACAAGAGAUUGCAAAAUAUCUGUUGAUCAGCUGCAAAGAGGAACUAGCAGCUGUAAGGGAUGCCUUGACUCCUUCUUUGGCAUGUGUGGCUGCAAAAAAUGGUGACUUAACUGCCCUAAAAGUCUUACAGGACUUGGGUGGAAACUUGAGCUCUGGUGAUUAUGAUGGUCGCACUCCACUUCAUGUUGCAUCCUGUGAAGGCAAUUUGAAGAUAGUCAGGCAUCUGUUGAAGUCUGGUGCAACUGUAUAUGCAAAAGACCGAUCAGGAGCUACUCCACUGAUGAAUGCUGUUAUGUUCAGGAAUCAUAAAGUGAUUGAAUUACUCCGCAAAACUGGAGCUCACCUUUCCAGCCAAGAACUUGUGAAUGUUGGGACAGAACUCUGCAGUCUUGCUUUUCACGGAGAUCUUGAUGGUCUGCUGGCAUGGCAUUUAGCUGGGGUAGAUCUGAAUCAAACUGGUUAUGAUGGAAACACUCCAGCUAACGUGGCCAAGGCUGCAGGGCAUGCAAAAGUCAUCGAGUUUUUCAAUAAAUUGGCAUCCUGAACUUGAUACAUGAUGUUCCUUGGUGACUGUAAGGAAGAAAGGCAAACAAACAACUACAACCGAUUGGAAAAGGCAAUUGAAUGCUUAUGAUGUUUAGGAUUAACUUAGUAUGGAGAUUUCUUUUUUAUAUCUGACUUUAAAAAAACACACCCAAAUCCUUAUUAAAAGAAAUAGUCUGCCUAUAAGGAUAUCAUAGAUCCAAAAUGUAUUCCCAUAAUAGCCUGUCAGAUUGUAUUUUGCUUUCAGGAAGUAAUACAUGAUACCGAAUCAAACUGUAGUGUUCAUUGGUAAAACUAGGACUUGAAACCUUUGCUGCUGCUGCUCUUCAAUUUUUAUUACCUCAAUAUACAGGACUAUUGUUCCCAUUAUCCCUAGUCACCAUAGGCAGUACUAGGCCAGGAUGGGAGGACUUCAGAUUCAGAAGGGCUAUGUUGCACUCAGAGCAAUGCUCCCUGCCACUGAGAUCUCUUGAGCUCUUUGCUGUGGUAGAUAGUGUGAAUCAACCCUUCUUAAUAAAAUGUAGAAUUACUUAAAAGUGUAUAAUUCUACCUUUAGCAUUCUAAGAAACAACGUGAUCAGCUAUUGGCCAUUGCAUUAGAAACUGAAUAGUAGAUUGCCUAACAAAUAACUUUUUUGAUAUGUGAAGUAAAGAUGCCAAGAGGACUGAAACCUCUGUGAAGAUCAACAUCUGUGAAGAGAAAUAAUGGGGAAAGAUAUAAGCAAGUCUGGAAAAACUCAGAGGUUUUAACAAAGAGGAAAAAAAUGAGGGGGGGAGGAAGAGGGGAAUCUUAACUUCACCUAGAUCCCAGGUGAGUAAGAACCGAGAACAUCCUCAGUACUCCUAAAACAUUGAAAAAGAAAAUUGAAAAACUGGUUGGCAAUGAAAUGGCCUAUCUUGAAAAAAGAUCUGUCUGUCUGUAAUGCAGCACAAGAAGUCUCGUACUGUACAGUGAGGAUAUUCUGUGGUGUUUUGUGGCAUGUUCAGUUUGAUAAAUGUAAAGCAAAUCUUAGCAUGAAUUUAGAGAUUCCUACUGUAGGAGAUGAGGGGAAACUUAGAUAAUUUCAGAAAUCAAAAAAUAUCAGUAUGUUAAGCAGAUGAAUAAAUUUGCAAAUUUCUAUAGAUAGUGAAAUGAAAAUUAAUCAGCCUUCUAGAGAAUCUGAUAUGGGGGUAUAAUUAUAUGAAUUUGAAAGCAACUUAAUAAAAUUUUGAUAAGAUUUCUCAUGUUUCUCAAGUAAGCAUUGCAUGUUCCUAUUUCUAAUGCCUCAGUCUGUUAAGUAUUUACAUGCCAAAUACAGUAGAACUACCGGUAUGUGCUUUAUUACCUUUAAAAUGUCAUGAUUCAAAACCGUAGAAAUGGUGGUGGACUUUAGGAGAAACCCUUCCAUACUUCCACCUCUCACAAUACUAGACAACACAGUAUCAACAGUAGAGAUCUUCAAAUUUCUAGGUUCUACCAUAUCGCAAGAUCUAAAAUGGACAGCUAACAUAAAAAAUUUCAUCAAAAAAGCACAACAAAGAAUGUUCUUUCUGUGCCAACUCAGAAAGCUCAAACUGCCCAAGGAGCUGCUGAUCCAGUUCUACAGAGGAAUUAUUGAGUCUGUCAUCUGCACCUCUUAUAACUGUCUGGUUUGGCUCUGCAACCCAACAAGACAGACACAGACUUCAGAGGAUAAUUAGAAUUGCAGAAAAAAUAAUGACUACCAACCUGCCUUCCAUUGAGGACCUGUAUACUGCAUGAGUGAAAAAGAGGGCUGUGAAAAUAUUUACAGACCCCUGGACAUAAACUGUUUCAACUCCUACCCUCAAAAAACGCUAUAGAGCACUCCAAACCAGAACAACUAGACACAAGAAGAGUUUUUUCCCGAAUCCAUCACUCUACUAAACAAAUAAUUCCCUCAACACUGUCAAACUAUUUACUAAGUCUGCACUACUAUUAGUCUUCUCAUCGUUCCCAUUACCCAUCUCCUCCCACUUAUGACUGUAUGACUGUAACCUUGUUGCUGGUAUCCUUACAAUUUAUAUUGAUAUUGUUUCCUGAUUGCUUAUUUGUAACCUAUGACUAUCAUUUAGUGUUGUACCUUAUGAUUCUUGAUGAACGUAUCUUUUAUUUUAUGUACACUGAGAGCAUAUGCACUAAGACAAAUUCCUUGUAUGUAUCACACUUGGCGAAUAAAAAUUCUAUUCUGUUCUAUUCUAUUCUUUUCUAUGAUGUGCUGCUAUGGUUUUCAAUAAAAUAUUUGGAAAUGGU